AUGAUUCUUACAAGACAGGAAGAUUAUGACAGAUUACGGCCCCUCAGCUACCCACAGACAGAUGUGUUCCUGGUCUGCUUCUCUGUGGUGUCGCCCUCUUCGUUUGAAAAUGUUAAGGAGAAGCUUGCCUCGCUUAAGGUCUGGUCGUUGGAGCAGCCCGAUUGGCACUGCAAAAUCGACGAAGGCUCGGCCGGCUUGGUGGCUUCGUCCUGGAGUCCCGACGGACGUCACAUCCUGAACACAGUCGAGUUCCACCUGCGUAUCACCGUCUGGUCGCUGUGUACAAAAUCCGUCUCCUACAUCAAAUACCCCAAAGCUUGCCAGCAGGGGCUGGCUUUCACGAAAGACGGCCGCUAUCUGGCCCUGAUCGAACGAAGGGACUGCAAAGAUUACAUCAGCCUCUUCGUCUGCAGCGACUGGCAGCUUUUAAGGCAUUUUGAAAUCGAGACCCAGGAUGCUGCGGGAAUCGACUGGGCCCCCAACGGCUGCGUGGUGGCCGUAUGGGACAGCUGCCUGGAGUACAAAGUGUUGUUCUUCUCGCUGGACGGACGCCUCCUCUCGACCUACAGCGCUUACGAAUGGUCGUUGGGCGUGAAAUCCCUCGCUUGGAGCCCCAGCAGUCAGUUCUUGGCAGUCGGCAGCUAUGACGGAAAGGUACGGCUCUUAAAUCACGUAACCUGGGCGAAGAUCGCGGAAUUCGACCACCCGGUCAACGUCGCUAAUCCCAAAACGGUGAUCUACAAGGAAGUUGAGAAAACCCCAGCAGUGGAGCUGGAGAAGCUGACCUUCCCACCCAGCAAGAGGAUGGCCAAUGCGCUCUUCAGCCGGAAGACAAAAUAUGAAGUUUUCCAAGCCCCCGUUUCGUUGCACCACGUUGAACCCCCGACGGACCGAGCGAAUCCUAGGAUUGGCAUCGCCGUGUUAGCGUUUAGUUCGGAUAACAGUUUCUUGGCAAGCAAAAACGACAGUCUCCCGAACACCGUAUGGAUCUGGGAUGUUCAGAAGAUGAAACUCUGCGUGGUUCUGGAACAUUUGGGUCCCAUCCAGCAUUUCCAGUGGGACCCCAAAGAAUCUCGGCUCGCUUUGUGUACCGGCAACGCAAAAAUCUAUCUCUGGUCUGCUGCAGGAUGUACCUCUGUACAGAUACCGAUGGAAGGUGACUUCAAGGUGACUUCGUUUUCCUGGCACCCCAGUGGGGACUCCCUCGUUCUUUUGAGCAAGGACAAUUUCUGCCUGUGUUACUUAGAAAGAGGAGAAAAUUGCAAAGCAGGUGGACCCCAAAUGAAGCUAAGUGAAAAAUGAAACCCUCCGUCGUUGUUAAAAACUUUCGCUUCUCCGAAACCGGGGAGAAAAACGUAAGCGAGCCAGUCUCGGAUUUGUUCACUCGUCUGGUUUUCUACGGACAAACACACACACAUACACAAUUUAAAUCUGUACAUAAA